GUGCGGAUGAGCGCGGCGGUUGGCCCUCGCCGGCUGGAGCAAGAUGCACUCCGAUGACAUUGUCUGGGAUACUCUGGGCAACAAACAGUUCUGCUCGUUCAAGAUCAAGACAAAAACACAGAACUUUUGCCGGAAUGAAUUUAAUAUAACCGGCCUGUGCAACCGUUCCUCCUGUCCCUUGGCAAACAGCCAAUAUGCAACUAUCAAGGAAGAGAAAGGGCAGUGUUUCCUUUACAUGAAGACAAUUGAACGUGCUGCUUUCCCCAAUCGGCUAUGGGAAAGGGUCCGACUGAGCAAGAAUUAUGAGAAAGCGCUGGAGGAGAUUGAUGAGAACCUCAUCUACUGGCCCCGCUUCAUCCGGCACAAAUGCAAGCAGCGCUUUACCAAGAUCACACAGUACCUGAUCAGAAUCCGCAAGCUGACGCUCAAGAGACAGAGGAAACUCGUUCCCUUAAGUAAGAAGGUUGAACGGCGAGAGAAAAGACGAGAGGAAAAAGCCCUGAUUGCUGCUCAGCUGGACAAUGCCAUCGAAAAGGAACUGCUGGAGAGACUCAAGCAGGAGACGUACGGUGAUAUAUACAACUUCCCCAUCCACGCCUUCGAUAAAGCUCUGCAACAGCAGGAAGCCGAGAGCGAAUCUGACUCGGAUACAGAGAAGAAUGAAGAGGAGGACAAGGACUCAAACAAGAGGGAGUUUGUGGAGGUAGAUGAGAGUGAUCUCAGUGACUUUGAGGAUAUGGAUAAACUGGGAACAAGCAGCGAAGAUGAGGAAGAGGCCACAUCCAGCGAGGAGGAGGAAGAGAGAAGUGGUCAGCCCAAGUCUAAGGGCAAAGCUCCGCUGAAGGGGCCGGUCAGGAGGAAACGACCCUAUAUUGAAAUAGAAUACGAGCAGGAAACAGAGCCGCUGUCUAAAUCUAAAGCGACGUGACUUCUGUAAAGGGAGGAAGCCAAAUUUUAGAACUGUACUGGGUGAGGAGAUGCCAGUGUCUCCUCAUUUCUAGAACUUUUGCAACUCAAGAAGCUACCACAGACCUCCUGCCUGAAUG